AUGACGCGACAUGUGUGCGACCCUCCGUGGCGAAGGAAGCCGCAGCGGCUGACUCUGGCGGCUACCGCGGAGCAGUGGGGAUUGGUGGAGAUGGUUCAGGCUCUCUACGAGGCUCCUGCUUACCAUCUUAUUUUGGAAGGAAUUCUGAUACUCUGGAUAAUCAGACUUCUUUUUUCUAAAACUUACAAAUUACAAGAACGAUCUGACCUUGCACUCAAGGAAAAGGAAGAAUUAAUUGAAGAGUGGCAACCAGAACCUCUUGUUGUUCCUGUUUCCAAAGACCAUCCUGCAUUCAACUACAACAUCUUUUCAGGGCCUCCAAGUUACAAAAUUGUGGUGAAUGGAAAAACGUGUGUAAACUUUGCCUCAUUUAAUUUUCUUGGAUUGUUGGAUAACCCUAGAGUCAAGGCAGCAGCUUUGACAUCUCUAAAGAAGUAUGGCGUGGGGACGUGCGGACCUCGAGGAUUUUAUGGCACAUUUGAUGUGCACUUGGAUCUUGAGGACCACCUGGCCAAAUUCAUGAAGACAGAAAAAGCCAUUAUCUACUCCAAUGGAUUUGCCACCAUAGCCAGUGCUAUUCCUGCCUACUCCAAGAGAGGGGACAUUGUGUUUGUGGAUAGCGCUGCCUGCUUUGCCAUUCAGAAAGGAUUCCAGGCAUCACGAAGUGACAUUAAGUUAUUUAACCAUAAUGAUAUGGGUGACCUGGAGCGACUACUAAAAGAACAAGAGAUCGAAGAUCAAAAGAAUAAAUCAUGUGUCAGUCAACUAGAGGAAUCGAGGACUACAGAUCUGAAUAUGAAUCUGUGA